AUGGCUAAAUGGCAGGGAGGAGCUGAAGGGAACAAAGAAUCAAAGGUCCAAGUUCAACCUCUGUUCAACUUUAAGUAUUUUUUCCUGGUCAUUAAUGGCCGUCCAACAUGUCUAGUUACUCCUAAAAGGGGUCUGAGGCAAGGUGAUCCUAUUUCGCCUUAUCUAUUUUUAUUGUGCGCUGAAGGCCUAUCGGCUUUGAUCUCUGAUGCAGUUGAUAGAGCCUCUGGUCAGAAGGUUAAUUUACAUAAGAGUAAUGUGGUGUUCAGUGGUAAUGUGUCCCAAUCAGCAUGUCAGUCUCUGGCUUAUAUAUUGGGAGUGCAGAUAGUGGAGAAGCAUGAGAAAUAUCUUGGUGUUCCGACGCUUGUUGGUAGAUCCAAGUCAGAUACUUUUGCUUAUAUUAAAGAUCAGUUGUCUAAUAAGCUUACGGGGUGGAGAUCGAAGCUUCUUAGUGCUGCAGCUUUUGGGAAGCUGAGAUUGGUACUUCUCCUUCUUAUGCGUGGAGAAGUAUUGUACAAGGUUGAGAUAUUUUGCAAGCUGGUAUUCGAAAGCAUAUUGGUAAAGGCAAUCAGACUGAUAUUUGGAAGGAACCAUGGGUACCAGGUUGCUCAUGCUAACCCAACGGUUCCUAUUCGGGUGCCCAUGAUUAAAUGGGAGAAACCCAUGGUUAGGGUGAUUAAACUUAAUGUGGAUGCAACUUUUGAUUCUCCUACUAGUCAAGUGGGUCUUAGAGGCAGGCACUUUCGUGGGAGUGUGAUUAGUUUGAGCUUGGCGGAGUAUAGUAAUGCAGCCAAUGCCCAUGUCUUGGAUGAGGAUAUAAAUCAUCAAAAUGAAGGUGGUCCAAAGGGGAUUGAUUUAUUGCAUUCUAUGGAAUCACGUUGCAUUCGUGCUAAUUCUCAGACAUAUAUUUGGCUUUUGAAAGGGUGCUUGAGUUCUGGGUCUCUGUUAGAGGCUAGGAAUCUUCACUCUAGAGUAUUGAAGUUGGGUUUUGGUGGAGAUAUUGAAAUAAGUAACUUGUUUGUUGGUGUUUACCUUGCAAAUGGUGAUGCCUGCAGCGCAGUUAAGGUUUUUGAUGAUCUACCAUAUAGAAGUUUGUUUUCAUGGAAUAACAUAAUUCAUGGGUUUCUUGCAAAGAAGUUGACUGGUCAAGUAUUAGGUUUCUUUUCGCAAAUGAUGGCAGAAAAUGUGUAUCCUGAUGAGACUACCUUUGCAGGAGUUUUAAGGGCAUGUGGUGGUGGUAAUGCCAGUAUUCAAUAUGUGGAACAGAUUCAUGCUAGGAUUAUCCGUCAUGGUUUUGCUACUAGAUUACUUGUAUGUAAUCCUUUGAUCGAUUUGUAUGCCAAGAACGGCUCUGUGGAUUCUGCUAAAAAAGUCUUUGAUAGAUUGUGUUUUAGGGAUAGUGUUUCCUGGGUGGCUAUAAUUUCUGGCUUAUCUCGGAAUGGACUCGAAGAAGAAGCUGUUCUCUUAUUCAUCCAGAUGUAUACUUCAGGAAUUUUCCCAACUCCUUAUGUUUUCUCGAGCGUGAUUAGUGCCUGUGCAAAAAUAGAGUUAUUUGAGCUGGGUGAGCAGCUGCAAUGCCUUGUUCUCAAGGGAGGCUUUUCUUUUGAAACGUACGUAUGCAAUGCUCUGGUAACAUUAUAUUCCCGUUCAGGGAACUUCAUAUCUGCUGAACAAGUUUUCAAUACAAUGUGGUACAGGGAUGGUGUAUCAUAUAACUCAUUGAUAUCUGGGUUAGCUCAGUGUGGAUUUAGUGAUAGAGCUUUGAAAUUGUUCAAGAAAAUGCAGAGUGAAUGUAUGGAACCUGACUGUGUAACAAUUGCUAGUCUUUUGAGUGCGUGUGCAUCACUUGGUUAUCUGUAUAAGGGGAAACAACUGCACUCAUAUGCAAUUAAAGCCGGAAUGUCAUCAGAUAUUAUCCUCGAAGGGGCUCUGCUUGAUCUUUAUGUGAAAUGCUCAGAUUUGCAGACUGCCUAUGAAUUUUUUCUUACAACAGAGACAGAAAAUGUUGUCCUGUGGAAUGUGAUGCUAGUUGCUUAUGGGCUGCUAGAUGACCUGCAAGAAUCGUUUCACAUUUUUAAACAAAUGCAUGUUGAGGGUAUGAUUCCUAAUCAAUAUACUUACCCGAGUAUUUUGAGAACCUGCACUUCUGUUGGAGCUCUUAAUUUAGGAGAACAAGUUCAUACUCAAGCCAUAAAAACUGGUUUUCAGUUUAAUGCAUAUGUCUGUAGCGUGCUCAUUGAUAUGUAUGCUAAGCAUGGAAAACUGGAUACUGCCCUUGGAAUACUCAGAAGACUCACUGAAGAUGAUGCUGUCUCGUGGACAGCUAUGAUUGCAGGGUAUGCACAGCAUGAUUUAUUUGCUGAAGCUCUUUUACUUUUUGAAGAAAUGCUAAACCGAGGAAUUCGAUCUGACACCAUAGUUUUGUCAAGUGCAAUUAGUUCAUGUGCUGGAAUUCAAGCACUCAAUCAAGGUAGACAGAUUCAUGCUCAGUCAUGCAUCUCUGGUUAUUCGAAUGAUCUUUCUGUUGGCAAUGCACUUGUUACCCUUUAUGCUAGAUGUGGUAGAAUAUGGGAAGCCUACCAAGCAUUUGAGAAAAUUGAUACAAAAGAUAAUAUAUCAUGGAAUGGAUUGAUAUCAGGGUUUGGACAGAGUGGGUACUGUGAGGAAGCACUGCAGGUAUUUUCUCAGAUGCAUCGAGCUGGAGUAGAAGCUAAUUUGUUCACAUUUGGCUCUGCAGUCAGCGCUGCUGCUAAUUUAGCAAAUAUAAAACAAGGAGAGCAGAUUCAUGCCUUGGUGAUAAAAACUGGGAACAAUUCAGAAGCUGAGGUUUCCAAUGCUUUGAUCACAUUAUACUCGAAGUGUGGCAGCGUUGAUGACGCGAAGAGAGAGUUUAUUGAAAUGCCUGUUAAAAAUGAGAUUUCUUGGAAUGCCAUGAUCACUGGCUAUUCUCAGCAUGGGCAUGGUAUUGAAGCAUUACAUCUAUUUGAGCAGAUGAAACAACUUGGUGUGGUGCCAAGCCAUGUCACAUUUGUGGGAGUACUUUCAGCUUGUAGCCAUGUAGGCUUGAUAAGUGAAGGGCUUGCAUACUUUGAAUCCAUGAGCAAAGAGCAUGGACUAGUUCCUAAGCCUGAGCAUUAUGCUUGUGUUGUGGAUCUUCUUAGUCGUGCUGGUUCUUUGAACUGUGCAAGAAAAUUCAUAACCGAGAUGCCAAUAAAACCAGAUUCAACAAUUUGGAGAACUCUCUUAAGUGCUUGUAUUGCUAAGAAGAACACAGAAAUUGGGGAGGUUGCUGCCCGUCAUCUUCUAAAACUAGAACCUGAAGACUCAGCAACUUACGUUCUCAUAUCAAACAUGUAUGCAGUGGCUGGAUUGUGGGGUUAUAGGGAUCAGGCAAGGCAAUUAAUGAAGGAAAGGGGUGUGAAGAAAGAGCCUGGCCGCAGUUGGAUUGAGGUAAAGAAUUCUGUUCAUGCAUUCUAUGUUGGCGACCGGCUGCAUCCACUUGCCAAUAAGAUAUAUGAAUUCUUAGGGGAUUUGAAUGAGCGGGCAGCCGAAAUUGGCUAUGUGGAGGACCGUAACAACCUUUGGAAUGACAUGGAACAACAGCAUAAAGAUCCAACAGUGUACAUUCAUAGUGAGAAACUGGCAAUUACUUUUGGCCUGAUUAGCCUAUCUAGUACGAUUCCGAUACGUGUAAUUAAGAAUCUUCGUGUUUGCAAUGAUUGCCAUAAUUGGAUCAAGCAUACGUCAAAGAUCUCAAAAAGAACUAUCAUAGUACGAGAUGCUUAUCGAUUUCAUCAUUUCAAAGAUGGAGUUUGCUCCUGUAAAGAUUACUGGUAAGAAUGUGGAAAAGGUUAGUUAAAAGAAGUCUCGACAAUGGGCAUUUGGAAUCACUUCAUUGUAAAGGAUUGUUGCCCCUAUUUGACUUUCCUCUUAUGGAAGACCAUGGACACCGAUACUUCGUCCCAUUGGAUGAGGGGAGACCUUGACGUCCUUAUAGGGUCCAAAUGGCAAACAUGUAGUGCAUCAUGCUCAGUCAGGAAUGAUUACUCGUUUUCUUCAAGGUGUGGUGUCAAACCUGUCUUCAAAGUCCUAUCAUUAUUAUUCAGUUGAGGUACAGUUUUCAUGCUUAUAAUUGAAAUAAAAUAAAAUGGAAAUGGUG